AUGUUCCUUCCCCUUAGCCCUAGUACCCGUUGGUUUGCAUUCCAAGCAAGCUUAUCCACCAUUUUAUCGUCUUGCUCCUCAUCAUCUCCUCCAACACCUCAACCUCUGCCUUCAUCACCACUUAUUCCUCCUUCUUUACAUUCUCUUUCAGCCACUCCUUAUCCCCCAUAUUUUCAGCAUGCUCAGAAGAAAGAUCUAUUGACUCCAAGCAAAGGCAUAGAUAGAGAGAUUUCUUACAUCAACAUCCACCAUGAGCAUAUCAAGCCAACUGAGCUCACCACAACGCUUGACAUUCCUCGCCUCUCAGAUACGGAGCUGCCUAACCUCGACGGUGGAGUAGCACUUGCCGGACUUCAGAUCUGA